AUGGUGAAGUCCUUUUCCUAUCCGGAGCAUUUGCUUCAUCAGGUGGUCGAGCCACAAUGGUUUCCAAAGCCACGAGCAGAGACAGAGUCGUUAUUGGACGCCCUGGAAGCUGCGGAAGAAGCUCAAGUAGAGUCUCUUCGUCGCAUUGCUCAAAAAGAAGCCCCUGAUCCCAUUGGUGCCGCUGCAGCAGCGACAAAUGGUCAACCACCGCCCCAAGCAGUUGUAGGCGAUGUUGCAUAUGGCAGCGGAACGGACCCACCGGCACGCACUCGAUUCUGGAACCAAGUCCGAGCCCCUUCAAGAUCUGGAAGCAGCACUCCGGCAUCGGCAGUGGGAAGUCCAAGUCCUGGGGCUCAUUAUUAG